GAGUCAUAAUCCCAUUAACUAUGUGACAAACACAUUUGCUGGUCAUGAUUUGCCUAUAAAUACAGCAUCAAUGCCAGCAUCAUUCUUAUCCAAAAAACAAAAUUAAUCUUAAGUCGAAGAAAAAUGAGUUCCAAAGUGAUUGUUCUUCUCGGCCUUUUCUUGGCUGUGGUUCUUCUCAUUUCUUCGGAGGUAGCUUCAGCCAGAGAACUUGCUGCCGUCGAUCCAUCUGAAGAAAGCAAUGGAGAUGCAGUGAGUGAUGCCAAAAACCAUGGGGACGGACAUGGACGUGGAGGUGGAGGCGGAGGCGGUGGUGGACGCGGUGGCGGCAGCUACGGUGGUGGAGGUAGCGGUGGCAAAGGAGGUGGUGGCGGCGGCGGCGGCCGUGGAGGAGGUGGUGGUGGCGGCGGCCAUGGAGGAGGUGGCGGUGGCGGCGGCCGUGGAGGAGGUGGCGGUAAAGGCGGCAAUGGAGGAGGUGGCGGUGGAGGCGGCCGUGGAGGAGGCGGUGGCGGCGGCCAUGGAGGCGGUGGCGGUGGCGGAGGGUGCCGCCACGGGUGCUGUGGGCAGAGCUACAAGGGUGGUUGCCGGUGCUGCAGCUAUGCUGGUGAAAAGGCGGAUGCUGGGACUCAGAACUAAGAAGCUUUAAUUGUAAGAGUAAAGCCAAUGAGAAUUGGCUCUCUAUGUAUCCGAGUUGUAAUGAAUAAAAUGCAUGCAUGGCUACACUUAAUUAGAGCAUCUCGUGCUCUAAGUGUGCCGCUUUUGAUUA